AAUCGAACGUACGUCGAACAUUCUGAAUCAAAAAUCGAAGUCAGACGCCGAGAUUAUGUGGAACGUAAAAACAAAAUGUUAAAAAUUCAACGCUAGGGGAGAGGUGCCAGAUAAUUGACAGAAGAGUUUUUUUUUUCCAACAUACUAUUGUCAUAAUGAAACCAGAAGACAUGUCCGCACAAUUAUUCAGUCAAAAAACAGUAACAAGAAAUAUCAUUCGUCCGGUGUAGUAUAAUUUAACGGGACAAUAAGAGGCACCGAAUUCCCGGAAUUUUGAUUAUUGGAAUUUCAAUAACAACGCGUAACCUCAAUCACAGUACAAAGAGAUAAUACCGUUCGAUCAUCCCCGAGAAAAUUGAGUAAACAGUUGAGUCGGGGUGUAUAACAACAAACGAAGAUACUGUAACAAUUCGUAAUGUGAUAGUACACUAAGAACUUCAAAUAAACAAAGUAAAUGAGGGGCGCUCUGUUACAACAAUAGAAUAACAACAAAGCAAGGUAAAACUGAUGGGUCAAAUUGGGUCAAACGGGGAAUUAAUUGUAUGGUGUUGUUGUCCCUUGCAAAAAAAAGCAUAACUUAGAUUUGUUAGUGGUAGCAAUAAGUGAUUCGGCAAAAUGAUAUGCGAACGAGGCUUAAGGAGCUUCAACAAAGAUCAUCAUCUUCAUCAAGAGUAUCAGCUUAUGAAGAAGUGGACGAUUUAAUAUUUUGAUGUUUGCGGCAUGGAUUGAAAACGUUAGUAAUGUCUGUCGAGGGAAUAACAAAUCUAUUCGAAUCAAGUGCGAAUAGUAAUGAAAAACUCAUGUUUGUGGAAGACAGAAAUGUGAUUGAUUCUUUGAAUAGUAAUACCAACAUCCAAUAAACACAGUAUAGCAAAACACUAUGUUGGUUUUUCAUAUUCUUACAUUCAUCAUCUGCGCUACACUGCCAUCGACAUCUGCAGAAACCAGCCCGAGCUUCAAGGGGUACUGCGCUCCGUACAAUGGAAAAAUUUGUAAAAAGUACUUGACUGGUAUUGGGCAAGUUUGGUUCAAUGACUCAAAUGAAGACACUGGAGGCUGGCUAAACGAAAAAAUCACCAAGGACUUAUGGACAGAUUUGAUAGAAGGACUCCACGAACCUUGUCGCUCAGCUGCUGAGAAGCUGCUUUGCAUGUACGCGUUCCCGCAGUGUUCAGAUGCUGUAGGUUUGCCGUUGUGCUACGAAGACUGUGUGGCGGUACGACAGCAGUUCUGUUUGGUCAACUGGGGGUUGAUAGAAGACAAUAAAAAAAGAGCAAGUUACAUUAGAUCUCGAGGGCACUUUACUCUUCCCGAUUGUGAGAGCUUACCUAGAAUCAGCAAGUCUUCUCAGACGUGUUCUAAUGCUCAUUUAACGGAUAUGAAUCCUGACCUUGUCACAUAUGACUGUGUGAUCGGCAAUGGACGUUUCUAUCUCGGUUUUGUUAACAAAACAGGAUCUGGGCGAGAGUGUCAGCCUUGGGCUAUCCAAGAGCCUCACAGUCAUGACAGACCACUGGAUGUCUUUCCGGAGAUUCAGAACGCAGAAAAUUAUUGCAGAAAUGCCGGUGGCGACGAACCAAAGCCCUGGUGCUACACUAUGGAUCCAAGCGUACACUGGGAGUACUGUGACAUUCCCAUUUGCGACAAUUCAACAGAGCUAACAAUAGGAAUUAACCCUAAGGAUUUAACGAUGGAAACAUUCUUCACUCCGAGUUUAAUAUUGAUCCUGUCGUCCAUAGGAUUUGUAAGCGUAGUCGCUCUUCUACUCUCUAUACUACUGUGCCAGAGGUUACAAAAAAAUCAUGAUGGUUACAAUCCUACAGAAACGCAGGAAGUGAAUAUCGAUCUGGACAAACUGCCGAGCAAUGAUGCCUACCAUAACACAGGAGCCCAGUUAAAUCCAAAGUUAGAGAAGCUAGAAUUUCCUAGAAACAAUAUUAUUUACGUCAGAGACCUCGGACAGGGUGCUUUUGGUCGUGUUUUCCAAGCAAAAGCACCCGGGCUAGUUCCAGAAGAAGAAUUCACAAACGUAGCUGUGAAGAUGCUCAAAGAUGAGGCGUCCGAAGACCUUCUAGUGGAUUUUGAGCGCGAAGCUUGUUUGCUAUCGGAAUUUGAUCAUCCGAACAUUGUAAAACUGCUCGGAGUUUGCGCGAUUGGUCGUCCAAUGUGCCUGCUUUUCGAGUACAUGGGACGAGGAGAUCUCAACGAAUUUCUGAGGUCCUGUUCUCCAGGGAACCACAUCGCCAAGAAUACCGACAAAGAUUCUUUUGCGGAGGUCAAACUGUCACACAUGAACCUCAUAAAAAUAGCCAGACAAGUCGCGUCCGGAAUGGUCUAUCUAUCGGACCGAAAAUUUGUGCAUCGAGAUCUCGCGACGCGAAACUGCUUGAUAAACGAUCGAAUGGUAGUUAAAAUAGCGGAUUUUGGAUUAUCACAGAAAAUCUACUUACAAGAUUACUACAAGGGCGAUGAACAGGAUGCUAUACCCGUGCGAUGGAUGCCGCUAGAAAGUAUACUGUAUAAUAAGUACACCAUAGAAUCCGACGUGUGGGCAUUCGCGGUCUGCCUAUGGGAAAUAUUUAGCUUUGCGCUCCAACCUUACUACGGAAUGACCCACGAAGAGGUUGUGAAAUACAUAAAAGAUGGUCAUGUUCUUCACCGUCCCGAUAAUACGCCGCAGCCCGUUUAUGAACUCAUGAAACUUUGCUGGAAUAAAAAACCAUCUAACAGGCCCACGUUUAGGACUAUUUAUCAAGCUUUAGAUGACAUAAAAUGUGAUAUGGAAGCAGCCGACGAGAAAUCUGCCAGCAUUCCUAUGGGUAAUAACAUCUAGACAUUUUCUUUUAUCGCCCCAAAUUGUUAGCGUCAAAACUGUUUCUACUACAAAUCAGAGUUUUUCCAAUUAUCACGAUGUUAACCCAAUUCCUGAAAGAGAAAAGGAAAUUUCACUUUAGACUAAAAAUUAUCCUCGCUAUUAUUUCGGCCUAAUCUGAAACGUGCAAUAGUUUUAUUACGCUGUGAUUUUCGAAAUUCAUUUAAAAACAAAUGGUGACCAAUGUCGUUAUUUAUAUUUGAAACUUCUAUAUUCUAUUUAAGUCACUUCGGAAAAGUUUUACAUCCCACGGUUGAAAAUGGCUUGAAAACAGAAGUCCGGGCAACUGCACAGUAACUAAUGUCUCAGGUCAAAGAACAAUUUCAGUGAAGUCUUUUGAAAACAUAGGUGGUUAUAUUUUCAGUUUGUUUAUCAAUAUUUGUCUCGGAUAGUUUCUGAUCAUAGAUUUUUACCGCAACACCUCUAUCUGAGAAGUUAUUGGUCGAUUAUUGCAACAAUUUCGCAUUCCCAAAAUCUAUGAAAGUACUAAAAAAGUAAAACUAAUUCUUUCACUUUGCACAUGUAUAAUCGGUCAAGUCUAUUCAAGUGGCCGACAUCCUGACUGAAUUUUACAUUUGUACUUGACUCGUAAGUCCGUUUAAUACUCCGGCCGUUUUUAUUUUUAUACGAAAAAAAAGAAUAAAUGCUGAAGGAACUGUCAUGUUUCUCAACU